AUGUGGCCAGUCUUAUUACCGACAAGAAGCCAGCCUGUGACUCUCAAAUACAAUGGUGAACAGAUGGUUUGGGAACCUUGUGGAUUUUACAAGGGGAACUCCGCGGAGUGCAGCAGCAUCGAUGUCCCUAUGGACCAAUUCAACCAAAGUAAUUCCGAGGAUGCAAGUUUCACAAUUCCACUCAUUCGCAUUCGUGGUAUCAACGCAACUCAAAACAUUCUUCUGAAUCCAGGCGGCCCUGGGGCGAGUGGCUUCGAAUUUCUCAAUCAGCAUGGAGAGCAAUUGAGGGCUGUGGUCGGCGAGGGGUUCCACUUGCUAUCGUUCGAUCCCCGCGGCGUGGGUGGAUCAACACCGUUAGCCUCUUGCUAUCCAGAUACCAGAACUCGAGAGCAUUUGGCUCCAGUCAGAUUCCGCAAUGUCAAGAUUGACAGCCCUGAGGCAUAUGCUUGGACACAAAAUUUUGUCAAGGCAUGCCCGGAAAAUAUGGGAAAGCACGCCAAGUAUUUAAAUACCCCUCAAACGGCGGCGGAUAUGAAUUAUAUCCUAGAUGCUCUUGGACAAAAAGACAUGAUAUAUUGGGGUUUCAGUUAUGGAAGCCUGCUCGGACAGACCUAUGCAGGACUUUUUCCUGAGCGAUCGAAACGUGUCAUUAUCGAUGGCGUCGUGGAUCAGUUCAAAUGGUACGAUGGUACUUUUGAAACGAAGUCCCAAGUCGACACGGACAUGGUACUUCACGGGUUUUUUGACGAGUGCGUCAAAGCAGGCUCAAAAUGCUCACUCUCAUCACUUUCAACAUCUUCGGAGGAACUGCGAGAUAUGGUGCUUUUAUCUAUGAAAAAGCUCCAAGAGGAGCCAAUCAGCGCAUACGUGAACAAGGCGUUAUAUGGUAUACUUCGACAUGAAAAAUUAUGGUACGAUGGUGUUUUAUCAGCCCUAUACGACUCUUCCACAUGGGCUUCGCUUGCAAAUCACUUGCACAGUCUCAUCCAAGGGAAUGCGACAGAUGCCUUCCUUGCUUACGGUAUCGAAGACGUUUGGGAUAUGGGCCAUGAGGCAAGUGAGUUUAUCAGACUGAACGAUGGUUUGACUGGCCCCGAGCAUUGGCCCCAGGACAGACAGUCGCUACUUGAUAUCAUCUUGCCUUUGUUCAAUCAAAGCAUGUUUGGCGCUAGCCAGAGCAAAUGGUUCUUCAUGAGACAGCAGUGGGCUGUACCAAGAACACACUCUUAUGUCCCACGCAAGGGGGUCAAGACUGCACAUCCGUUGCUGAUUCUUUCGACCACCUACGAUCCUGUUUGCCCCCUCACACUCGCUCGCUCGGCACAGGAGGCAUUUGAGGGAUCGCAGAUUGUGGAAAUCAAGGGUUACGGCCAUUCCUCUAUUUCGGUGACUUCCUUGUGUACUGCGAAAAUAAUACGAGAGUUCCUGUACAAAGGUAGCCUGCCUAAAACAUAUACGGCAUGCGAAGUGGAUUCUCCAUACUUCAAAGGGAGCGACGCACUCCCUGCAAGAAGAUAUAUUUAA